AUGCCUUGGCAAAAGAUUGAUCAUCAAUUCACCCAUCCCCAGCUGGACUACAACUCCCAGCCCAACUUUCAGCCAUGUAUCAAAGUCUCAGUCUUCUUCAAGAAAAUUGAUUCGAUUGAUUACGAUACUUUCUUCGGUCAUUGGCAGACUGUCCACGCCGACUUGGCUGUGGCUACGCAGGCUUUCAGAAAUCACAUCGUUAGAUAUGCACAGCAUCAUCAAACACCCGAGAUGAAGGAGAGAGCUAGAAGCUUGGGAGAAGGGUUUCUUGACUACGAUGGCUGCGCCCAACUUUGGGUUAAGACUUGGGAUGACUGGCUUGCAUUUUACAACAGCAAAGAGUAUGCUGCGGCGCUGAGUGAUGACUGUGAUAGGUUCAUGGCGCUGCCUAUGACAUAUAUGGUUGGUUAUGAGAAUUUGGUUGUAGGAGAUGCACCAAAGUCGCUUGGUGGUAAGGACGGGCUAGACGUGGAGACUCUCAAAUAG